AUGCAAGAAGUACAAGAGAGGGGCACUGAGGGUGUUGUAGAACAGGCUGACCUUCCGCUGUCUUCCAUGCUGCCCAUCUUCAUGGAGCAUAUAAAGAGUCCCCAGCCAAAGAAGCAUGAGGAGGAGGAUGGAACUACAGACACUGCAACCUCAUCAUCCAACAAUCAUGAGAAGGACAGUGGGGUGGGACCUACAGAUGAGAGUCUGCGUAACGAUGAGAGUUCAGAGCAAGAAAAUGCACCUGAGGAACAGAACGGUGCAACUCUGCAGAACAAACGAGAGCUGGGUCAUAGCCAAGACACAUUAGGAAGUGUUGAGCUCCAGUGCAAUGAAAGCUUUGUGUCAGGGGAAUACAUUGAAUCUGAUUUCAUUGGGAACCCAGAGGAGGAGUGUGAAAGAUUUCGACAGCUGCUGGAACUGAAGUGCAAGAUUCGAAACCAUGGGGAGUAUGACCUGUAUUACUCAAGCAGCACAAUAGAGUGCAACAGAAGAGAACAAGAUGGAGUGGAGCAUGAGCUGCAGCUACUCAAUGAGGAGCUGAGGAACAUUGAACUUGAAUGUCAGAAUAUCAUGCAAGCUCACCGGCUCCAAAAAGUGAGGGAUCAGUAUGGAGACAUUUGGGCUUUACAUGAUGAGGGAUUCAGGAAUUAUAACACCAGCGUAGAUGUACAAAGAGGCAAACUGGACGACAUCCUGGAGCACCCUGAGAAGUCCGACAAGGACAGCUCCAGUGCCUACAAUACAGCUGAAAGUUGCAGGAGCACCCCCCUGACUGUGGAGCGAUCCCCGGACAACUCCCUCCAGAGGAUGAUCAGCAUCACCAACAGGAAAAACUUGAGGAGCACAGUCAUGGCUAAUCAGUCAUCCUCAGGACAGAGCAACAAGGAAACAAUCUCGGUCAAAGCCAAAUCCACUGAGCAAAACAGCACUGCUGAAGGCACAGUGCUGGCAUCAGAAAACAGCAAAUUCACAGACCAGGAAAAGCAGAGCAGCGAACACAUUCCCUACCUGUCCCCAUAUCACAGCUCUUCUUACAGGUAUGGGAAUAUACCUGCUCACGCUAAGCAUUAUCAGAGCUACAUGCAGCUGAUCCAACAAAAAUCAGCUGUGGAGUAUGCCCAGAGCCAGCUCAGCCUGGUGAGCAUGUGCAAAGACUCGCAGAAGUGUGCGGAACCCAAGAUGGAAUGGAAAGUGAAAAUAAGGAGUGAUGGGACAAGGUAUAUCACAAAGAGACCAGUUCGAGACAGAAUCCUAAAGGAACGUGCCUUAAAAAUUAAAGAAGAGCGCAGUGGAAUGACGACAGAUGAUGAUACAAUGAGUGAGAUGAAGAUGGGUCGCUACUGGAGCAAAGAGGAGCGGAAGCAGCACUUGGUGCGAGCCAAGGAGCAGAGGAGGCGAAGGGAGUUCAUGAUGCGUAGCAGGCUGGAGUGUCUGAAGGAAAGUCCGCAGAGUGGCAGCGAGGGCAAAAAGGAAAUUAACAUUAUUGAACUAAGUCACAAAAAAAUGAUGAAGAAAAGGAAUAAAAAAAUAUUUGACAACUGGAUGACAAUCCAAGAACUGAUGACACAUGGUGCUAAAUCUCCAGACGGCACAAGAGUGCACAAUGCCUUUUUAUCAGUUACUACUGUAUGAACGCAGCUUCUUUCAGAGAGUGUACUACCAGUUUAGGUAGAGUACGAUUGCCUCGUUCAAUGUGGCAUUUUUAUAUAUUUUGUGACUGUUUAUAGUUUGAUCUUUUUUGUAAGCAAAAUUACCUGGUAAUUUUUCAUUUGUUUUUCAUAUAACGGUACCUUCUUUAUCUGGCAGUCUUUCUUUAUCCUGCAAUAUAUUCAUAUUACUCAUUUGUAGAAAAAGAAAAAAAAAAAA